UAUCAAUGUUAGUGGGGGGGAUUUUUCGCUAGCCGGGACUCAAAAGAGGGGCGGGAUCGAGUCGAGGGUAAGGAAGUAGUAUGGAUGGAUGGAUGGACGUACGUAGCACUUGCGGCAGAUGGACUUCUCGCAGUUGUACUUGGAGGCAAGAGCCUUAAGGGAGGGCUCGAUGAUACCACCACGCAGACGGAGGACCAGGUGAAGGGUGGACUCCUAUAGUCGAGAAGAUAACCCGUCAGUGAAACUAUAUCCCGAGUGAUUGAUGUCGCGUCAGAUGCCGAUAGUCGUGAAACGUCCAUGAAUGCGACCGUGCCGAUGGAACUAUCCCCCCCUCCUCAAAACCUAGUUGCGUGUUGUGGUGCCCCAACCGACCCAAAUCGCAUCAUGUUCGUAACCGACUAUCCGAGCAGACGAAAUCGACGUAUAGAUAUUUCGCGGAACCGGUUCAUUUCAUACCUUCUGGAUGUUGUAGUCGCUCAGGGUGCGGCCAUCCUCAAGCUGCUUACCAGCGAAGAUAAGACGCUGCUGAUCCGGGGGGAUACCCUCCUUGUCCUGGAUCUUGGUCUUGACGUUGUCGAUGGUGUCGCUCGACUCGACGUCGAGGGUAAUGGUCUUACCCGUGAGGGUCUUGACGAAACUAUUGAUCGGAAAGAAGCCUGGGUCAGUUUCCUUGAUUCAUUCUCGAUGAUAUUAUUCGUGCCAUCUCUUUCGGAUUUCGGGCUGGGAUUCGACGGGUGGUUGCCAGGGAACUUGGAAUGACCUACAUCUGCACUGCAGAGACGCGGAAAAAACGACAUGUUAGCUUGCGACUUCAGAGGACACGCAUUUCGCAUUCACGAACGAAAAGGGUAUACGUACUGGCUGCGGUUUUCGU